AUGCCAAUCACUCCCAAACAUUUUGGUGUUGACAAGAGCUUCUCUACUCCCUCAAGCAAGAAGUCACAUUUAAAGGUAACAAUCAUAGAGGCAAAGAAUUUGAUCAACACUGAUCAAGGUAAAAAUGACUUUUCUGACCCAUAUUGCAUAGUUUGGUUGGGUGGCAAACACAAAAACAAGUACAGAACAAGCACGAUCAAGGAUAAUCUCAAUCCUGUUUGGAAUGAGUCUUUUCAAAUUCCUCUCGAUCAUGAUCCUGAACAAUAUGUCUUGAUUUGUCAACUCUAUGAUAAGGACAUUUUCACCAGUGAUGAUUCACUUGGUUUUACAGCAGUCUCGCUUUCAUGUCUCAAUUUGAAAGAAAAGGAAGACUUUUACAUGUGGUUACCUUUACAAGGUGUUGAAAAAGGUACUCUUCGUAUCAAAUUAACACCUCUUGACUUUUCUAUUCGUGAUGGUUUUGUUACGGAACAUGAUGAUCAAAUUCCUCAAAUAGAUUUAACCAACUUUUUAAAGGAAUACAAGAACGAAAGAGGAAGGGGCUUCAAAUCACGUGGAAGAAGUUUGCAAUCCAUUCUUUCUGGAAAUAUUUCUGAGAAGGAGUCACAUCGAUUGGAUCAAUUAUUUGGAGUUACCUAUUUGGAAGAUGUUUACAAUGAAUUGAGAACUGGUGACAUUAUUUUGCACUCUGGAAAAGGAACAUUUUCAAAGGCCAUUCAAUUGGGUUUCUCAUCGACAUGGUCACACUUGUCUUUGAUUGUGAAAAAUCCACCAAGAGAUUUAUUGAAAUUGUAUAAUGUUCCAUUGCCUGACGAUUCCACUUCGACCAUUCAGACCUCCUAUUCAAGUAUCUAUGUUGUAGAAUCUGAAACUGACACGGUGGACAACAAAGAAGGAGGUGGAAUUCAAUUUGUUGAAUUGAGACAAUGGUUAUUAGAUUAUUUGAAGAGAGAUCCAACCGACUUGUGUGUUUUAAGAAGAUUAACAGUUCCAGGAUCCAACAAUGACGGCAGUCUUCAAGACUCGUUCAGUAAUUUAACUCCAUACUUGUACGAUGCUCACACCAAAAAAUAUGAAACCUCCAAAUCCGAACUCUUGAAAUGUGUCAUUAAGAGAAACACAGCUCGUAAUGAUUCCAAUGUAUUUUGUUCAGAGUUUGUUGCUGAAUGUUUCAUAAGAAUGGGUCUUCUUCCAUCCAAUACCAUUACAUGCAAUUAUGGUCCAAAAGAUUUCUCAACAGAAACCAAUUUGGUCAAUACAGUCUUGUUGAAAGGAGCUCAAUUUUCACAGGAACGAAGAAUUCGAGUUCGAGAAUGGGAUGAAGAACAUGGUUGGAAAUUGAGUGACAAUGAAGAGAGUGAUGUCAUUCCAGGUGCCAUUCAAGUCACUGAAGAAGAUGAAAAACAAACCAUUCAUCCAUAA